GGAACCGUACCGAAAGAACAAGAAUCGAGCGCGAGGAAAAAGAUAUUGGAUAUUGGAUUGGACAUAUGACUGACCUUAUAAAACCUUUUACUCGUAACACUGGACGCUACUGAAGUUACAGUCUUCAAUCACAACAAUAUUUGUCACGCUUACAUACGAUUCAGUGUUAUUAUAUACGACCUUGCACGAAGGCGCUUAGUAGAUCUGCGGCGAUGUAACGCGCUCAAUGAAAUCUCUGCAUCAAGUCCUGGUUCUCACUGUCAGAGUGCCUUAAUUCUGCAUUAACUUCAUUUAUUAUCGCUAUUUAUCGAUUUCAUCAUUGGAUUAGCAUUGUUUUCUAUUCUACUCCAACAUACAGCUUGCCUUCUGGCUACACUCAAACUCACCGAAGGCUAAACAUCACAAAGCGGCUUACAGUAAUGGGUUUCACGUGAUAAUAUGCUGUCAAGUGAUGAGAAGCGAUUGCAUGUUUCACUUACCCACCGGGUCAUUGCUUCUUCAGUCGGUGGGAUGAUAACAGCGUUCGUUAUGACACCUCUUGAUGUCGUUAAAGUUCGGAUGCAGUCUCCUAGGACUUACUCUGAACCCAAGUGUCUUGCUUAUUGCAAUGCAUUAAUAGAUCGCCUCUGUACCUGCUCGUUGAGCCUUAACACCUGUUCUCUGUCUUGGUCACAACGUGCUAUGAAGUCUAUAGGAUGGUGUAAUUUGUCUACUUCUAAUGGAUCCCAUUGUUGUUGCCCAUGUAUUUCUCACUAUAAUCCAUCGAUUACAUUUCCCUACCGUUCCCCUGGUAUUUCAGAUACUGUUCUGAAAAUUAUCCGCAAUGAAGGUGUUUUAUCUCUUUGGAGUGGACUUUCGCCAACACUUGUUAUGACGCUUCCUCAAACUGUUAUCUACUUCACUGUCAAUGAUUGGUUAAAAUUUCAUGUUGGAUAUACUUCAAAAACCGUUAAUCAAUCAUCAGUCAGGACAAAUGAAUCUACGCAAAACUUCAUCUCCACAAGACAUUUUCUACCUCCUUUAGUUGGAGGCAUAUCUCGAAUUUUCGCCGUAGUGGCUGUAUCACCGAUCGAAUUAUUACGUACAAAAAUUCAAGCUAAAAAAGUACUCUAUCGAGAUAUAACCGAAUUAGCUGUUACAACAGUUAAACAGGAUGGUUUAAAAAGUCUAUGGUUAGGCGCUGGACCAACUCUUUUACGCGAUGUCCCAUAUUCUAUGAUAUUUUGGUUAACUUAUGACUAUAUGAAAUCAGGAUUUAUCAAUAAACAGACGAAGACAAAUCUAUUGUCGAAUAAUAAAUCAUCUACCACUCACGCAGGAAUUCCUUUCUCGCAUGCAUUUGGUUUUGGAGCAGUUGCUGGGUUUAUCUCGGGCGUAUUAACACAUCCAUUCGAUGUCAUUAAAACACACAAACAAGUUGAUUUUGGAAAGCAUUCAUUUGCACUAAAUCAUCUUCAUCCAACAUCAACAUGGACAUCAUUACAUAAUUUGUAUAUUAAAAAUGGUCUUCCUGCAUUGUUUUCUGGUUUCACACCGAGACUCAUUAAAACAACUAGUGCUUCUGCAAUUAUGAUUGCAGUUUUUGAAAGUUUAAAAGAAAAAGUUGUAAAUAUUGGAACAAGUUAAAUGAAGAAAGAAGACACAAAAAACAAUGUCAACAUCUCUUCGUUGUUGUCUAUUAAAUAAUACAUCAGCUUAUUUCCCUUUCCAGUUUUUUUUUGUUCUAAAUUUCGUUGUUGCAAAUCAAACAAACAAACAAACCAGAUUGAUCAUUUUAACCUUUAUUUGUUCUAGUUUUUAGUAACGACAAUAUUGAGAAUAAAAUGAUUUUUUUUUGCAAUCAA